AAUGGAUACUUUAAACGAUACCACUGAAAGUAUGGAUCGAUCCAUUCAAAUGUUUAAUCAAGAGAACGCUCAACGAAAGUCAUUUCUGAGGUUAAGCACAAAAAGCACAACUCCUAAGAGAGUAUCAUUACAAAAUAGUAAUCAUUUACGGAAAGACUUGGAUGAUACACAGUUCAAUGAUACGCAUAGCCCCCGGAUGUUGAACAAAUCCAAUAUUAAUCCUAGAUUAAUUAAGGGUCAUGAUCUUUUGGACAUAGAUAAUUCAUUAACAUUUAAUUCUUAUGAAAUUAGGGAUAUUAUGGCUUCUUCAGAGAAAAGUGAACUUACUUUGAGAGAAAUAAUGGACGAUAGUAGUGCUACUGGCAUGAUUUUAAAGGCAAAAGAACCUUGGAGAGAGAUCAUGUUAAAACUUUAUUAUGAUUUCUUACAUAGUAUACAGAUCAACUUUUCAGAGACACAAGUGUUCGAUACUAUUGCAGAUUUUAUACAAAACUGCACGGACACGUUAGAUAUAAUGAGAGGUAUGCAGUCAAAAGUGGAAACUAAUGAAAUAUCAGAAGAAGAAAUUUCUUUAGAGAAUGAAAGGAACACGUGGAGGUUGAUUUAUUGUUUGUAUCAAAAUAGAAUAAAUAGUCUUAAUUUUCCUACUCCAAUGGAGGAUGAUUCAGAAGAAAGUAACACCUACAUAUCAGAAAAAGUUGUAAUAGAUAAUUUAUUCAAAACUGAAAGUUACAUCAGGGAAUAUCAAUUAAUGAUUGAUUGGCUAGAGAAGAAUGCAUUGGAUCAAGCAGACAAAUAUCCAACCACUGAACACUUCACAGAUAAAACACUGGCAUGGGAAAAUACAGUGAGACAGAUACUUACACAUAAAGAUAAGGAACAAAUUCCAUUUCGUUCAUCUAGACCAUUGGUAUCAUCUCUAGAUCCAGAUGCUCCAAUAAGAGAGAAUAAACCUUUACACGAUCUGGACAGAGAAGAUGAUGCAAGACUUGAAAAAAGAAUGUUCAUAGAGGUACGUUGUGGUCGUCUUCAAAAAGCACAAGCGUUAGCGGAACAUUGUGGUCAGCCUUGGAGAGCCGCUUGUUUAUUAGGAUGGAUACCUCAUCAUGAUCCCAAUUAUAGAAACCCAUUAUCUGAUACUAAAUUACCUAUUCAAGGAAAUCCUAACAGAAGUCUUUGGAAAUUAUGUGCUUGGGAGCUUUCUCAAGACAAACGCGUAGGUCAAUUUUAUCGCGCCAUUUAUGCUAGCCUCUGUGGAAAUGUUCAACAAAUGUUACAAGUGGCGUCUUCCUGGCAAGAUGGAUUAUGGGCUUACAUGAAAGCACUGUUAGACAUUAAAGUGGAAAGAGAAGUGAGAGAUCUAGUGAUAAAAAGUUUCACGAACAUGCCCGAGGAUUAUUGGAAGAAUGAGAUCUCCUUAAAAGAUGUAUUCAAAGAACUCCACGCAUCGAAAAAUCCGAUUAUUCGUGCUCAAGCAAAUGCGCCUGAUCACCUCAUUCAAAAAUAUUUAAUACUGGAUCAAAUACCAAAAUUAAUGGAAGAGAUAGAAAACAUGAUAGAUACAAAGACCUGUGAUUCUCACUUUUUAAGAUUUUUAGCGCAUCUUAUAUUUUUCUUCCGCCAGAUUGGGAAAAAUGCGAAAGAUAGAAUUGGAGAUAAGGUUUUAUUGGCAUAUGUUCGCGUUUUAAUAGAAAUGGACGAUCCGGUUUUAAUUGCAUUCUACACAGCUAUGUUACCUCAAGAGCUUCAAGUAACAAACUACGCGAGCUACUUGGAGGCUAUAACAGAUUCAGAACAACGUAAAAAAUGUUUAGCUGCGGCAGAGGAUGCCAAUCUAAAUGUAGAAGCGAUCACGAAACUAGUUGUAGAAAGUAUACGCUCCAAAAAUGUAGAUAUCGACUCUGAAGAUUUGAAAGGUGCCAUAACUGAUGCGGACAUGGAAAAGAUUAACGCAUUGGAUUGGCUAAUAUUUUAUCAAAGUCAACGAGAAGAAGCGCUGUGGCAAACCAAUGCUCUCAUAAGAUAUUUCUUGUCCAAUGACAGAAUUGAUGCAGCUAGGAAAGCUUUUAAUAAGAUUCCAUCGGAUUCCAUUGAAUCCGUAAUGGCUGAAUAUCCAACGAUGGAAGGUACACUAACAAACCUUACGAUAACGAACAAUCUGUCGAAAAGAGCGUCCUCCGCAAUUCGGGAAUACCUUUGUUAUAAAACUUACCUAGAUGCUCAGGAAGGUUUCGCUGAAUGGUUUUCUCAUUACCAUCACGGAAAACCUACACCGUUAGAAGAAUUACCAGCAUAUGCUACAUUUACCGAAAAGGUUGCAUACGAACAUAAAAAGGCACAAUACAACGUUGAAAUGGAAAGAUGGAAGUCCACAAUGCAACAUCAUACGAAGGCGGUGAAACAACUACUUUUUAACGUAUUACUAUUUCCGGAUGGUGGUUGGUUGGUUGAUUCAAAUAAUAACAACGACGAAUCAUGCACACCGGAAGAAGAGUCACGUGAGCAUCAAAUGGAGAAACUGCGGCAGCUUUGUAUCCCGAAAAUUACACUUCUCUUGCAUUCUGUAAUGUCAGAAAUGAACGAACACGCUGGAUGCAUCCAAUUGGCGGAUACUCUUGCCUCCGAACAAUAUCAACUUUACAAGGUGUUCCAAAAAGGGAAACUACGCGAAGUGUUCAAGAAAAUCUGCGAGUCGUCCUUAGUUUUAAUGGAUCAAAAGAAAGAUCCCUGGGGUUACCCAAAAUGAAUCGUUUAGCAGAAUUGUAUUAGGCGAGAAAAAUUGAGGAAAGAAUAUAUUGAACCGUGUAACACGAAGUGUUGCGAUUCGAAG